AUGAAGUUGUUUCAAUAUGAUUCUUCAUCAAGGCCAUCUACACCAGACCCAUUUAGUGAUGAUGGAGAGUAUGGUUCCGAUAACGACUAUGAUCCAGGAUAUGAUGAUAAUACAGACAGCACUAGCACUGUUAGUGAUCACACAAAGCAACGUGAAAAGAAACAACUAAAGAAACGUUCCAAGGACAACACAACGAGGUCACAUGGUAAACGCAACUCUGAAAGCAGUGUAAGUAGCAGCUCUGAUUCUGACGAUCGAACCGAAGGCUUUAGCGAGUGCACGGAUGUAUGUGAUAGCGAUGACAACGAGGAUGAUACAAAUUCGAUAUCGGCAGAAUCUAGUGAUGAGAGUAUUUUUGACAGUAGAAAGAGAAAAAAGAAGGGGCAGAGUUCCUCUUUAGGAUCAAGAUACAAAAAACCUAAGAUCGUCAGUGCAGAUCAGAGUACCGACACUAUGUCGUUAGAUUCUGAGGCAUUGCUAAAUAAUAUAGAUAAUCUUGAUAGCUCUUCAGUGCAACUCGAUCCUGCAGUAUUAGAAAAUAUCUCAAUUUAUUCACAUAUCGAAGGAAGUCACUCCCAUACUAAUCCACAAAUUCAAGGUGCUGAAGACGACCAUGCUGCUGCAGCUGCUGAGGUUAAUCCCGCGCCUGCCAACCUACGUGCACUGGAACUAGACGCAGCUGCGCAGCGCCACUCUCCUGGUUCUCCUGCACCGGAUCCAGCAGCUGCUGAGGGAAAUCCCGCGCAUGACAACCUACCUGCCUUGGACCUGGAUGUAGCUGCGCAGCACCGCUCUCCUAGCUCUCCUGCACUGGAUCAGGAGGCUGUUGAGGGAAAUCCCGGGCCUGUCAACGUAUCUGCCCUGUACCUGGAUGCAGCUGCACAGCGCCGCUAUCCUGGCUCUCCUGCACCGGAUUCAGCAGCUGCUGAGAGAAAUCCCGCGCCUGACAACCUACCUGCGCUGUACCUAGACGCAGCUGCGCAGAGCCGCUCUCCUGGUUCUCCUGCACCGGAUCCAGCAGCUGCUGAGGGAAAUCCCGCACAUGAAAACCUACCUGCAUUGGACCUAGAUGCAGCUGCGCAGCAGCGCUCUCCUAGCUCUCCUGCACUGAAUCGGGAGGCUGUUGAGGGAAAUCCCGCACCUGUCAAAUUAUCUGCCCUGUACCUGGACGCAACUGCGCAGCGCUGCUCUCCUGGCUCUCCUGCACCGGAUCCAGCAGCUGCUGAAAGAAAUCCCGCGCCUGCCAACUUAUCGGCCCUGGAUCUGGACGCAGUUGAGCAGCGCGGCACUCCUGGCUCUCCUGUAUCGGAUCCAACGGCUGCUGAGGAAAAUCCCACGCCUUCCAACCUACCUACUCUGGACCUGGACGCAGCUACGCAGUGCCGCUCUCCUAGCUCGUCUGCAUCAGAUCGGGAGGCUGCUGAGGAAAAUUCCGCGCCAGCCAACCUUCCUGCCCUGGACUGGGACGCAACUACGCAGUGCCGCUCACCUAGCUCUUCUGCACCACCAAAACUAAACGCUACUGUAAGAUAUCCAACUCCGGCCAGCACACUUGCACUGGAGGUAGUUGCAGAGCGUGGCUUGUCCGGCUCUCCCGUGCCGGAACGAGAUGCUGCCGAAACGAAUUCUGCGCCUACCAGUCCAUCUGCUUUGGAUCGGGAAGCAUUUGUACAACGCAACCCUUCUAUCUGUCAUGUGCUGGACCCAGAGGCCGCCGAAAGAAACUCCGUGCCUGACACACUCCCCGAGAUAAGUCCAGCGACCAAUUGCAGACCAAGCACUCCUCCACUGAUAAAUUAUGAUUGGGAACACACGAACACAGACAUACCUUCGUUCGAGUUUGAUGAAAGUUCAGCAGGUGUCCAGUUUGAAGUCAACCCAGCUAUGACAGUUAUGGAAUAUUUGAUAAAAUUCUUAAUCCUAAUAUUGUAG